GCUCGCCGAUCUGCCAUUGAGUUUGGGGCUGGUACGAUUGUUUGUCAUUUGAAUAUAUACCAGAUUCCAAAAAUCUACUUGGCCAUCUAUCUAACACCUCAAAAUAAUCAUCAUGGCUCGUGGUUUCCGUAGCUGGAAUCCAGAUUGCAAAGUAUAUGUGGGUAAUCUUCAAGACAAUUGUCUCAAAACUGAUGUGGAAAAUGCUUUUGCCAAAUUUGGACCAUUAAAAAAUGUUUGGGUGGCUCGAAAUCCUCCCGGCUUUGCAUUUGUUGAAUUCGAAGAUAGCCGCGAUGCCGAAGAUUCGGUUCGUGCUUUGGAUGGAACUCGAAUUGGUGGAAAUCGAGUUCGUGUUGAAAUGUCUCAUGGCCGUAGUCGACGAGGCGGCGGUGGUCGCCGGUUUGGUGGUGGUGCAGGAGGACCGGGCUAUGAUCGUAGUGGCGGUGCCGAUCGUUAUGGUGGACCAAGACGUGAUUACCGACGUCGAAGUAUUUCCCGAUCUCGUUCGAGGUGAUUUACCAACCACCUAAUAUCCCUUCUACUACAUUCAUACAACUACUGCUACUUCAGUGUUCACCUUGAAUAUUAUUGAACUUCGGUUCCGGUAAAAAACAAACAAAAAACUUUGAUGAUGUUUGCGGACAACGGUCAACCGCCGAUGACCGCCCAUUUUUGGCAUGCAUCUUUAUCUUCAAAUUGAUAUGUUUAUGCCUGUUUUUCUGAAUAGCUUAUUGAUUUGAUGUGACAUCUUGAGCCGAUUGUCGGUUCGUCUGUCUCAUCAUCAGUCAUACUGUUUUGUUCUGCCAAUGCAUCGAACGCAAAACAUUUAAGUAUAUAUUGAUUAUUGAUUAUUGAUUGAUAAUUUUUGUUAAAAAUCUGAAUUCAAGGAAACCAAAA